CGAGGGCAUGGUACUAUGCACGUCGAACGCUGAUCACACUGUUGUGGAACCUAUUAUUGUGCCAGUCAGUGCCGCGCCUGGUAGUCGCUUGGCGUUCGAAGGAUACCACGGCACUCCGGACGAGCAAUUAAAUCCCAAAAAGAAGGUUUGGGAAAAGCUUUCUGUAGAUUUGAAAACAAAUACCGAUGGUGCUGCCGUUUGGAAAGAGAACUUCCUACUCACACCCGAAGGCGAAAAGCUGACAAGCAAAUUAGCAAACUGCAAUAUUAAAUAAAUAUAACUAAUUAUGCAUUGUCAUGCCAGUUAAAGCUCUUAUAAGGCGUAAUUCUUAAAGUUUGUAAUUCUCAGCGAUUACGCAGCGUUCUAAAUAUUUAUUUGCAAUUUUUUUUUUUAUAUGUAGCACAAUAAACAACAAACGCUUUCAAUAGCGAAGAAAUCAGA